GGUAUUUCCUGGUUGGUGUGUCCGCGCCGGUGUCGUCCAAUGAUGUCAGUCCACAUGCAGUGAAGAGGGGCAGCGGGGAGGCUCUUUAAAAGCAGCCGGUCACAGCCGGAGCGGCACACGGAGCCCACGGCACCGGCCGAGCGCAGAUCUCCUCCUCCUCCUCCUGCUGCUGCUGCUGCACCUCCUCCUCCUCCUCCUCACAGGAGGACACCAUUUUUGGAGAUACGGGGAGGCUCGUUUUAAUCUCCAUCCAGACCGGGCAGAGGAAUUCAGCGCCACAUUUGUCCGCGAAUAAAACACAGCAGGGUCCAGGAGGACACGUCAGUCCACAGCCAGCCGGUGUGAAUGCUGCAAACUCCUCACUCGCUCUAAAGGAGGCGGAAGGCAGCGGCGUUUUUUUGGGGGGGGGGGUUGAGUCAGAAGGAGUCGUGUGUCCGCCAUGGAGAACGCGCACACCAAGAGUGUGGAAGAAGUUUACAGUUUUUUCUGCGUCAGCGAGAACACAGGACUGUCUGUGGACGAGGUGAAGAGACAGAGGGACAAAUGGGGCCCGAACGAGUUACCAGCAGAAGAAGGUAAAUCUUUAUGGGAGCUCGUCCUUGAACAGUUUGAGGAUUUACUCGUCCGAAUUCUGCUGCUGGCUGCUUGUAUAUCCUUUGUUCUGGCCUGGUUUGAGGAAGGAGAGGAAACAAUCACUGCCUUUGUGGAGCCUUUUGUUAUCUUACUUAUUCUUAUAGCCAACGCCAUCGUCGGCGUGUGGCAGGAACGCAAUGCUGAGGAUGCUAUUGAGGCGCUUAAGGAGUAUGAGCCUGAGAUGGGGAAAGUCUACCGUCAGGACCGAAAAACAGUCCAGAGGAUCAAAGCCAAAGACCUUGUGCCUGGUGACAUCGUGGAGGUUGCUGUUGGGGACAAGGUGCCUGCAGACAUUCGUAUCUGUUCAAUCAAGUCAACAACCCUGAGGAUAGAUCAGUCCAUCCUGACCGGUGAAUCUGUGUCUGUCAUCAAACACACCGACCCGGUGCCAGACCCGCGGGCUGUCAAUCAGGACAAGAAGAACAUGCUCUUCUCGGGCACAAAUGUCGCCACCGGGAAGGCUGUGGGCGUGGUCGUUGCCACCGGUGUGAACACGGAGAUCGGUAAGAUCCGCGAUGAAAUGGUGGCCACUGAGCAGGACAAGACGCCGCUGCAGCAGAAGCUGGAUGAGUUUGGGCAGCAGCUCUCCAAGGUCAUCUCGCUCAUCUGCAUCGCCGUGUGGAUCAUCAACAUCGGACACUUCAACGACCCCGUCCACGGAGGCUCCUGGAUCCGAGGGGCCGUCUACUACUUCAAGAUCGCGGUGGCGUUGGCUGUGGCUGCCAUCCCUGAGGGUCUUCCUGCAGUUAUCACCACCUGUCUGGCCUUGGGAACUCGCCGUAUGGCCAAAAAAAAUGCCAUCGUCCGCAGUCUGCCCUCCGUGGAGACUCUGGGGUGCACGUCUGUCAUCUGCUCUGACAAGACAGGAACCCUGACCACCAACCAGAUGUCUGUGUGCAGAAUGUUCAUCAUUGGGAAUGCCGAAGGCGACAGCUGUUCUCUGGCAGAGUUUACCAUCACAGGUUCGACCUACGCACCCGAAGGAGACGUAUUCCAGGACAGUAAACCAGUUAAGUGUUCCCAGUAUGACGCUCUGGUUGAACUGGCCACGAUCUGCGCUCUGUGUAACGACUCCUCUCUGGACUUUAAUGAGGUGAAGGGGGUGUACGAGAAGGUGGGCGAGGCCACAGAAACCGCUCUGACCUGUCUGGUGGAAAAGAUGAAUGUCUUCGACACCGACGUCCGCAACCUGUCGAAGAUCGACAAGGCGAACGCCUGCAACUCGGUGAUCAAGCAGCUGAUGAAGAAGGAGUUCACGCUGGAGUUCUCCAGAGACAGAAAGUCCAUGUCUGUCUACUGCACCCCCAACAAGUCCCGUUCUUCCAUGGGCAAAAUGUUUGUCAAGGGUGCCCCAGAGGGUGUUGUGGAGCGGUGCAGCCACGUUAGAGUGGGUAACAUCAAAGUUCCCCUCACCAAAGGCAUCAAGGACAAGAUCCUGUCUGUGAUCCGUGAGUACGGGACGGGUCGUGACACCCUCAGGUGCCUGGCUCUGGCUACGCGAGACAACCCGCCCAAGAAGGAGGACAUGAUGCUGUCGGACACCACCAAGUUCUGGGAGUACGAGUCCGACUUGACCUUUGUGGGCUGUGUCGGCAUGCUGGACCCUCCCAGACAGGAAGUCGCCGCUUCCAUCAAGUUGUGCCGCCAAGCCGGCAUCCGUGUCAUCAUGAUCACCGGGGACAACAAGGGCACGGCGGUGGCCAUCUGCCGCCGCAUCGGCAUCCUGACCGAGGACGACGACAUCGAACACGUGGCUUUCACAGGUCGAGAGUUUGACGAGCUUUCGCUCCAUGAGCAGCGGGAAGCAGUGGUCCACGCACGCUGCUUCGCCCGUGUUGAGCCUUCCCACAAGUCCAAGAUUGUCGAGUUCCUACAAGGAUUUGAUGAGAUCACAGCAAUGACUGGUGACGGAGUCAACGACGCUCCAGCCUUGAAGAAAGCAGAGAUCGGCAUCGCCAUGGGCUCUGGCACCGCCGUGGCCAAGUCGGCAUCUGAGAUGGUCCUCGCCGACGACAACUUCUCCUCUAUCGUGUCGGCUGUGGAGGAAGGCAGAGCCAUUUAUAACAACAUGAAGCAGUUCAUCAGAUACCUGAUCUCCUCCAACGUGGGCGAGGUCGUCUGCAUCUUCCUGACUGCGGCGUUGGGUUUUCCUGAGGCACUGAUCCCAGUUCAGCUUCUGUGGGUCAACCUGGUCACUGACGGCCUCCCUGCCACCGCCCUGGGCUUCAACCCGCCAGAUCUAGACAUCAUGGAGAAGCAACCGCGCGUUGCUAAGGAGCCCCUGAUCUCUGGCUGGCUCUUCUUCAGAUACAUGGCCAUUGGAAGUUAUGUGGGCGCAGCCACUGUGGGCGCGGCUGCCUGGUGGUUUAUGAUCUCUGAAGAUGGACCUCAGGUGACACUGUACCAGCUGAGCCACUUCCUGCAGUGUUCUCCGGACAACCUGGACUUCGACGGCCUGGACUGCGAGGUGUUUGAGUCCUCCUACCCUAUGACCAUGGCUCUGUCUGUGCUCGUCACCAUUGAGAUGUGCAAUGCUCUUAACAGUCUGUCGGAGAACCAGUCUUUGCUGCGGAUGCCACCGUGGGAGAAUGUCUGGCUGCUGGGGGCCAUCUGCCUCUCCAUGUCGCUACACUUCCUCAUCAUCUACGUGGAGCCUCUGCCUGUCAUCUUCCAGAACCCUCUGGACGCCACCCAGUGGAUGAUGGUGCUGAAGAUCUCCGUGCCGGUCAUCCUGCUGGAUGAGGUGCUAAAGUUCGCAGCCAGGAACUACAUGGAACUGGGUAAAGCGUCGGAGAAGCCGAGCCAUUCGGGGUGCUGUCUGUCUGCAUGUGCCGAGGGCGUGUCGUGGCCCUUCGUGGCCAUCGCGCUGCCCCUAACGCUGUGGAUCUACAGCGCUGACACUAACGUGUCUGCCAUGCUGUGGCCCUGACUGACUCCGGUGUGAUGUGGACAUUAAUACUCGUCAUUAACAGUUUCUGCUCAUGUUGGAACCACCACCCUCCAGCUGCACCUCUCUGACUUUUGUAUCGUAAAAACAUCAGCAAUCAAUACUUUUUAAGUCAUAUUUUAAUGACUUGCCCAUACGUUUUAAUUACCCAUGAAGCAUUUCUCCCUUUCUGAAGAAUUGCAGAUGCUCACUGUGGAGGAGCUAUAGAGAACUGACACUAUUUGUAAAGGAUAACAUUUUUAUAGUUGGGGGGUGAAGAAGACUGUAUUGUAUGUGCAAGUACUUGAAUAUAUUCGCCGUGGCAGGAACUCCGUUUAUGGCCAUUGUUUGAGCUCCCUGCAUCUUUGUUCAUUUUUAUUUUCUGCAUUCGUCAGAGCACAGCUACCUCUAUGUUGCAGACCGCCACCCGUCUGUCCUCCACUAACGUCUCACAGUUACUGAGGUACGCAGCAUUCUGUUUGAAACAUGGCGGAACAAAAAACUCAAAACUUCACAGACAUGGAUUUUUUUUUGGUUUUUAAGACAUUUCCUAUUAUUUGAGGAACAAGAAGGACAAAGAUAAGAUUAAUUAUUUUGGUACACAGCCAGUUCUUAAAUUUGUUUACUUGAAGAAAUGUCAUCUUUAACGUUUAGGGUUUUUUUUGUUUUGUAGAUUCAGAUUCAAAUCCCUUUUAUUGCACCCUAAUUAAAAUAAUGGCUAUAAUGUACAUAGAUUGUGCACAUACUAUACUUGAACAUGUGAAAAGGCACCAUGAAGCUUUGUUCUCAGUUGAGCACAUGGGACAAUUUAAGGGAAAUGACAAGUGUUUGUAUAUCUGUAAAUAGCACAAAAGAAACUACAAACUCUCUGUAUAGAUUUUAUUAUUAUUAUUAUUAUUACAGUGCUUCAUGCGUUCACACUCGUUUGUUUCAGCACAUUUUUCUGCAUGAUGUCUGCAGCCACUUUUAUCUUUGACCUGCAGGCGCACGAGUGCGCUCUCAUCUCGUCCCAUUAACGUGUCGAGUUCCUGUAUCC